GAAAAGUGGUGGCGACAGUUUUUUGGGAUAGCCGUGGAAUAAUUCUUAUCGAUUACCUUGCAAAGGGUGAAACAAUCAACGGACAGUACUACGCUGCAUUGCUGGAUAAAUUGAAGGCCACAAUUAAGGAAAAACGUCCGCAUUUAGUCAAGAAAAAAAUCCUGUUUCACCAGGAUAACACUCGGGUUCACACGUGCAUGGUCGCAAUGUCAAAAUUGAACGAAUUGAAGUUUGAAUUGCUUCCGCACCCACCCUAUUCGCCAGAUCUAGCUCCCAGCGACUUUUUCCUGUUUCCUAAUUUGAAAAAAUUUCUCGGGGGAAAAAAAUAUAAGUCAAAUGCUGAGGUGGAAAACGCUGUAAACCAGUAUUUUUCAGGUUUAGACAAUUAA